AGAACGCAGGCGCACGUCAACGUGUUUGGGCCACUGGUUUGGGCAGCUUCAUCUUCAUCGCGUCUUCAUGAUGGCAGACAGAAACUGUCUUGAAAAGCUUGAUUUCGGUGCCUUAAGUCUCGAGCAACAGGAGAAGCUGCGACAGUUCAAGAUCAAGACACGAAUUGCCAAUGAAAAAUAUUUGAGAUCUCACCCAGAGGUGGAAAUGUUACUGAGUGACUUUUUAAGAGACUUGUUUCUGAAAAGGCCUGCAGACGUUCGUGAAUUUGCUGCAGAUCAUUUCAGAGACCCUGGACUGCCAACAAAAAUUCAGGCCCAAAUGAAUAUUAAUAAGUGAAAUUUUAUUUGGUUUUAAUUGUAUUGUAUAUCUUUUUAAUAAAAGGAAAAAAAAAAAGAAAUGAUAACACACAAUUCCUUCAUGUUGUUCUAACACAAAUCAAGUUGAUUGUUUUUACAAAUUUAAGUAAAUUGAACAUAAAAUAAUUACCCCACCACCACCACCACCCAAAAAAAGACUUUUUUGAUUCAACUUAUUUUAAAUAAGUAGUUUGAACAAGCAUCAGUGAUAUUUUUUAAUAGAUCACAAUGUUUGUAUGAUAAGUGCCAUGUGCAUAUAUCCACUCAUGUUAUGCACAUACAUGUUUAUUAAUGAGACAUCUGAACUUUGUUCUUUUUUCAGAAAUAUCAAGGCUGACACAAGGCUGAUUAUUUCAUUAUUAUUACAGAUUUAUAUUAUAUUACACUCAAAAAUAUAUAUUUUUGCUACUUGUUAAAAUUAUGUAUUUAAAAUGAACUGAAACAACACAAUUCUUGAGUUUUUAUGGAACAACUUAAAUGUUUCAUGUUCAAUCCACUUAUAUUUUCAAAAAAUAUUAAGUUAAAUUAAUCGUUUUGUGUUGAGACAACAUGAAGCAAUAGUGUGGAACCAAGCAUCUUUUACAGUGUACAUUUAUAUUAUUGAUUCCAAUAUCUGCUCCUGCUCAUACAUCAAGAAUAAGGUCAAUAUUGUGAUGCAAUUUUUCGUGUUUCUUAUGUAUAAUUAUUAUUUUUAUUUUUUUUCAUUAUUAUUAUUAUUAUUUGAUUGAAUUCUUACAUGCAGUGGUCCAUUCCAGUGGAUUUCAAUGGUUCUUUAUAAAUAAAUUGAAUUGAUUCAAGC